AUGAAGGGGGAGGCGGCCUCCGGCGUCCGGACGUCCUUUCUUUCAUUUCAGAUUUUAGAAUUUCUAAUCAUACAACUUCAGUAUGAAAAGGGGGGACAGUCAGAAAGAUCUUCCAUGCUCGAAGGAACACUUGUAAUUUCUGUGGACAUCGAAGACUCCCUCCAGCAUGUGGACCAGUCCCAUUGUGCUACAGUUAUUUCUGCGAAAGGUGAUUUAUGCCACAAACUCCUCGAUGACCUAAUAUUCAGAGAAAUAGAAGGCUUGUUGCCUUUCUGUCAGAGUGGUGUCCUGAGUGGAAGAGGUUGUCCUCAUGAAUCUCUGCAUACCAUGCCUUUUCAGCUCUCCUUCCAGCUGUAUGAGAAAUCUGAAGUUCUCAGGGAAGACUGUGUAGCAAUGAAACAGUUCAUUCACAGGAUCAGCCUUGUGCAUACAACGAUCACGUUUCAUUACUGUGUAAAAAUUAAUGGCAACAUCUCUGCUGAGACAUAUAGCACAGAAGGGAAAGUCACCACAUGUUUGCCAGAUGGGACCACAUUACUUACUGAUGGGAGACAUUUUAUGAGGUCAGAAUGCAGGGCUGAAAUACCGUCCUGUGAUAAAAUUCACCUUGUGACUGGUGAACUAGUUGGUCUGUUCAUCCCAGAUGAAGCAGUAGAAAGCGGUUUCAUAGGAGAGCUGAGUCUCCUGCCUGCUGUGUCUCUGUGUCCCUGCCAGAAAUCAUUCCCUAACCAGCCUGCAAAGAUAACUGCUGCCUCUCCAACAAUAUAUAUAUUCCUUUAUGAUCCAGCUGGGCUGCCCAUAUUGUUUUCUGCAGAGGCGGCAUCAUACUCUUUCUUUGAAGAUCCUUCCUGUUUAGCAUCAUGGGGCAAAUAUGCCUACCAAGCAACACUAAAUUCAGCUGCAUGUUGCAAAACAGGAAACGUGAUGCGAUGCAAUGUAUUUUGUCUCUCAGAUGCGGCGAAACCUGAAAUCCAGUACAACCUUUGCACCAGCCAUAAACAGGAUCCAGAUGUCCAGGAACAGACUCUGCUGCUCUUCCUUUUUCUUGGUUACUCCGAUCAGUUUCAGGACAAGCCAAUUUACAGUUUCUGGGACCGGCGAGUGCUUCUGCCCCACCUCUCGCCCAUCCUCUCCUGCAGUGCGCGGGCUGUGAAAAGGGCUAUCCAAGGAGUGGCUGAUGAGGUCCUGGAGCAACACUACAGAGCAUUUCAAGAGCAACAGAAGCUGGCACGUUCUUUACCCAUCAUGGCAACCGCCAUUUCCAGAAUAGUUUCAAGCAGCACCGAGGGCAAGUUCCGAAGGAAGUGUCUCCACAGUCUGCAGGUUGCAGAUACUCGGGAGUUCCAGGAAACCAUCACAGAGACUUUCAACAAAGUCAUUCUUAAGCAACGGAAGCCCAGUAAUGCGUGUCAGAUCAAAAAGGCAAGCCUUCCCUUAAACACACUUCCUAUCCUCGUAUUUUCCUCGUCUGACUUUUGUUCAGCACCAUUCCAGUCACAGCUGUUAAGAGAGUGAAGUUUCAAUCUCCUGCUGCAAAUGGUUAUUCCAAAAUCCA